UUUGCCUUCUCCCGCUACUGCCCGUGGUAUGUUGCUAGUGUGCAGUUAGCUACUGGCUAAUGUCGAUGUGAGCGUACGUUGUUAAAACGCUAACUAACUUAACGUGCUUUUUCGUCACGAAACACGAACGGUGUCAUUAACUCAUAAGCUAGAAAAAGAUAGGGUCUGCACAAUGACUUCAUUUCAUUAUUUUUAAAUAAUAUAGAACGCGAGUUUACGUGGAUCGGGGAUUCCCUUCUUAGACCGGGCGUGAGCCGCCGUGCAUGGGCAGAGAGCUAGCUGGCUAGCUGUACAACGAUUUAAAGCUGUGAUACUCACAUCGAGGAAUGUGGAUUGGUGACAGCAAUCUAUAUAACUACCCAGUGUUAUUUGCCAGCGGUCUUCUGAGCUAGAUUGUAUUGGGAACCGUGUCGUUGCUGAACUGCGAGCGAACACGUCGCUGUUUUGCAGGGUGGCUAUGUUAUUUUCUGAAGAGAUCUGCACAGCUGGACAGAGCUCCCGUGGCAUGACGACCACUAACAAGGGCAACAAAGCCUUAAAGGUGAAGCGGGAGCCGGGCGAGAAUGGGACGAGCCUGACGGACGACGAGCUGGUGAGCAUGUCGGUGCGGGAGCUGAACCAGCACCUGCGCGGGCUGUCCAAGGAGGAGAUCCUGCAGCUGAAGCAGCGGCGGCGCACGCUGAAGAACCGCGGCUACGCCGCCAGCUGCCGCGUCAAGCGCGUGACGCAGAAGGAGGAGCUGGAGAAGCAGAAGGCCGAGCUGCAGCAGGAGGUGGAGAAGCUGGCCACGGAGAACGCCAGCAUGAAGGUGGAGCUGGACGCGCUGCGCUCCAAGUACGAGGCGCUGCAGAGCUUCGCCCGGACUGUGGCGCGCGGCCCCGUGGGCCCCGCCCGGGGCCCCAUCGCCUCCGUCAUCGGGCCCCUCAUCCCGGGCAAGGUGGCCGCCACCAGCGUCAUCACCAUCGUCAAGUCCAAAACGGAUGCAAGGUCUUAGUAUCUCGGCAGAGAGAGAGAGAGAGAGAGAGAGUGCGAGAAAGAGAGGGAUGGAGGAAUGGAGCG